UUUCUAUUUUCUUCGUUCUCUCGUUUAUUUUCUUUUCUCUUCUCUCAGUUCUGUUUGUUUGCCCAGAAAAUCUUAAGAGAGAAAAUAAAAUUCUCUACUUCGAAUUUCAAACUCUGAGGAAACACUGCUCAACAAAAGCCUUCGUUUUUUCUAUUAGCCUUCUCCAACGUAACAAGUUUGCUUCUCGAAGAAUCACCGAGGCUCAGGAGAAGCAUUCAUUCGCUCAAAGCUUUUCCGAUAUUUAUCUUCUUUUAUUUUUUUUCGAUUUUUUCUAUCUGCUGCUUCGAGACUCGACGAUCACUGUGAUUUUGCUCCUCCUUGGUGAUCUCUUCGGGAAGGUUGGAAUUCUCUUGCUCCAACGUUAAUCCGCAGAUCUGUGGUGUUUGCUCGAAUGAGAAGCUCAGGGUUGAAGGAUUUUGAAUUGUAAUCGAAGUUUCAAGAAGCAUGAUUUGGUGCUGAUUGCUGAAGAGACUGUGCUCUUGUGUUUGGGUGUUUUUUCAAUUUCAUGGUUUAUUGAAUAGGAAUGAAGAGGUCUAGGGACGAUAUUUUCGCGAGUCCUCAACUUAAACGGCCUAUAGUGUCUUCUCGAGGAGAAGCGUCCGGGCAACCCCAGAUGAUGAAUGGAGGUGCUGUUAUUCAGAAGCUAACUACAAAUGAUGCAUUGGCAUAUCUCAAGGCAGUGAAGGAUAUAUUUCAGGAUAAGAGGGACAAGUAUGAUGACUUUUUGGAAGUCAUGAAAGAUUUUAAGGCUCAAAGAGUUGAUACUGCAGGCGUGAUAGCAAGGGUUAAACAGCUCUUUAAAGGGCACAGAGACUUGCUUUUGGGAUUCAACACCUUCUUGCCAAGGGGUUAUGAAAUCACACUUCCACUGGAGGAUGAACAACCUGCCCCAAAGAAGCCUGUUGAAUUUGAAGAAGCGAUUAAUUUUGUGAACAAAAUUAAGACCCGGUUUCAAGGUGAUGAUCGUGUUUACAAGUCAUUUCUGGACAUAUUAAAUAUGUACAGAAAGGAAAGCAAGUCUAUAACAGAGGUCUACCAGGAGGUUGCUGCACUUUUCCAAGAGCAUCCGGAUCUUCUUGAUGAGUUUACUCAUUUUCUCCCGGACACUUCCUCGGCAGCCUCUGCUCAUUAUAUUUCUGCUAGAAAUUCUAUGCUUCGUGAUAGGAGCUCUGCAAUGCCAACUGUACGGCAAAUGCAUGUUGAGAAGAGAGAAAGGACUAUGACCUCACAUGGUGAUCGUGACCUCAGUGUUGACCGUCCUGACCCUGAUAAUGACAGAGGUUUGAUGAGGGCAGAAAAGGAUCAGAGGAGACGUCUAGAGAAGGAUAAGGAACGCAGAGAGGAGAGAGAUAGGAGAGAACGUGACAGAGAUGAUAGAGAUUAUGAGCAUGAUGGUGGUCGAGAUAGGGAAAGGUUCUCCCAUAAACGGAAAUCUGAUCGUAGGGCUGAAGACUCUGGAGCCGAACCAUUGCUCGAUGAUGAAAAUAUUGGUAUGCGCCCUAUGCCAUCCACUUGUGAUGAAAGAAAUACUCUGAAAAGCAUGUAUAGCCAGGAGCUUGCUUUCUGUGAAAAGGUCAAAGAGAAAUUACGAAAUCCUGAUGACUACCAGGAAUUUUUGAAGUGUUUGCAUAUUUACAGCAGGGAAAUAAUUACCAGACAUGAAUUGCAGUCAUUGGUUGGUGAUUUACUGGGGAAAUAUCCAGAUCUUAUGGAGGGGUUUAAUGAAUUUUUGAUACAAUCUGAAAAGAAUGAUGGUGGAUUCCUUGCUGGUGUCAUGAAUAAAAAGUCCUUAUGGAGUGACGGACAAAGGCCGAAAUCUGUGAAGGUUGAAGACAGAGAUCGUGAUCGAGACCGUUGUAGGGAUGAUGGCAUGAAAGAAAGGGAUCGUGAAUUCCGAGAAAGGGACAAAUCCACUGCCCCUGCCAACAAGGAUGUUUCAGGUCCUAAGAUGUCCAUAUAUCCCAGCAAGGAUAAGUAUUUGUCAAAGCCUAUAAAUGAGCUGGACCUUUCUAACUGUGAUCAAUGCACUCCGAGCUAUCGUCUAUUGCCAAAAAAUUACCCAAUACCUGUAGCUAGCCAGAGAACAGAACUUGGUGCAGAAGUAUUAAAUGAUCACUGGGUGUCUGUUACUUCAGGAAGUGAGGAUUAUUCCUUUAAACAUAUGCGCAAAAAUCAGUAUGAAGAGAGCUUGUUCAGAUGUGAAGAUGACAGGUUUGAACUUGAUAUGUUGCUAGAGUCUGUAAAUGCAACUACUAAGCGAGUGGAAGAGCUGUUAGAAAAGGUCAAUAAUAAUAUAAUCAAAGGAGACAGUCCAAUUCGUAUUGAGGAGCACUUAACAGCCUUAAAUCUUAGGUGCAUUGAACGAUUAUAUGGUGACCAUGGGCUAGAUGUGAUGGAUGUGUUACGGAAAAAUGCAUCUCUGGCUUUGCCAGUGAUAUUAACCCGCUUGAAGCAGAAACAAGAUGAAUGGGCAAGGUGUCGUGCUGAUUUUAAUAAAGUCUGGGCUGAAAUAUAUGCCAAAAAUUAUCAUAAAUCUCUUGAUCACCGUAGCUUCUACUUUAAACAACAGGAUACAAAAAGCUUGAGUACUAAAGCAUUACUGGCCGAAAUCAAAGAAAUCAGUGAGAAGAAACGCAAAGAAGAUGAUGUUCUUCUUGCGAUUGCUGCUGGAAAUAGACGUCCUGUUCUUCCAAACCUUGAGUUUGAGUACACUGAUUCUGAUAUUCAUGAAGAUCUGUAUCAGCUUGUAAAAUAUUCUUGUGGAGAAAUGUGUACAACUGAACAAUUGGAUAAAGUUAUGAAGGUUUGGACAACAUUUUUAGAACCCAUUCUGUGUGUUCCUUCUCGGCCUCUGGGUGCCGAGGAUACAGAAGAUGUUGUCAAGGAUAAGAAUAAUUCUGCCAAAAGUGGCACUGCAAGUGUUGCCGAGAGUGAGGGUAGUGCUGGUGCUGGUGCUGGUGCUAUUGUAGUGAAUCCUAAGCAUAUUAACACUUCUAGAAAUGGGGAUGAGUGUAUGCCAUUAGAUCAAUCAAAUUCUAGCAAAGUAUGGCAAUCAAAUGGUGACAGUGGUGCAAAAGAUGAUAAAUGUCUUGAUUCAGACCGCACUCUGCAUAAAACUGAAACUUCAGGCACUAAUACACAGCAUGGUAAAAUUAAUACUAGUUCAUUCACACCUGAUGAAAUGUCAGGAGUCAAUAAGCAAGACCACUCCAGUGAGCGGUUGGUGAAUGCUAAUGUUUCACCAGCAUUAGGAGUGGAGCUAAGUAAUGGAAGAACAAGCAUGGAUAAUGCAUCAGGAAUCAUUGCCACUAAUCCGUCUAGACCUGGUAAUAUUUCUGGCGAAGGUGGAGUUGAUUUACCUUCAUCAGAGGGUGGUGAUUCUACCAGACCAGGUACAUCCACAAAUGGGACCAUCACAGAAGGGACCGAAGUUCACAGGUACCCAGAAGAAUCAGUUCGGCAGUUAAAAAGUGAAAGAGAAGAGGGCGAGUUGUCCCCAAAUGGAGACUUUGAAGAGGAUAACUUUGCUGUUUAUGGAGAUACUGGUUUGGACGCAGUCCAUAAGGGGAAGGAUGGCGGUUCGAGUCAGCAAUACCAAAACAGAAAUGGAGAACAAGCUUUAGGUGAAGUUAGAGGAGAGAAUGAUGUUGAUGCUGACGAUGAAGGUGAGGAAAGUCCACACAGGUCAUCUGAGGACAGUGAGAAUGCAUCCGAGAAUGUUGAUGUUUCUGGAAGCGAGUCUGCUGAUGGUGAGGAAUCUCGAGAAGAGCACGAGGAUGGGGAAAAUGAUAACAAAGCUGAGAGUGAAGGUGAAGCUGAAGGAAUGGCUGAUGCCCAUGAUGUUGAAGGAGAUGGAACCUCCUUGCCAUUUUCAGAGCGCUUCCUAUUAACUGUAAAGCCACUGGCGAAGCAUGUUCCCCCAGCGUUACACGAGAAAGAAAGGACUUCUCGAAUUUUUUAUGGAAAUGAUUCCUUUUACGUCCUGUUUAGACUUCAUCAGACAUUGUAUGAGAGGAUACAAUCAGCAAAGAUUAACUCAUCAUCUGCUGAAAGGAAAUGGGGGGCUUCAAAUAAUACGGGUUCUACUGAUCAAUACAACAGGUUCAUGAAUGCGCUCUACAAUUUGCUGGAUGGUUCAUCUGAUAAUACAAAAUUCGAGGAUGAUUGUCGAGCCAUUAUUGGAACUCAGUCAUAUCUCUUAUUCACUUUAGACAAGCUGAUUUAUAAGCUUGUUAAACAGCUUCAAAAUGUUGCCACUGAUGAGAUGGAUAACAAGCUUCUCCAAUUAUAUGCCUAUGAGAAAUCAAGAAAACCAGGAAGAUUUGUUGACGCAGUUUAUCAUGAAAAUGCCCGUGUUCUUCUUCAUGAAGAGAACAUAUACCGAAUUGAAUAUUCACCUGGACCUAAGAAAUUGUCUCUUCAACUGAUGGACUAUGGACAUGAUAAGCCUGAAGUAACUGCCGUGUCAAUGGACCCCAACUUUUCAGGCUAUUUGUACAACGAAUUUUUUUCUGUUGUCUCUGACAAAAAGGAAAAGUCUGGAAUUUUCUUGAAGAGGAACAAACGUAGAUAUGCCUGUGGUGAUGACAUUUCAAGUGAGGCUGUGGAAGGACUACAAGUUAUUAAUGGUCUUGAGUGUAAGAUAUCUUGCAGUUCAUCCAAGGUGUCAUAUGUUUUAGAUACGGAAGAUUUUUUGUUCCGGAAGAGAAAGAAUAGGGCAAAGUCUUUAACCAUUAGUUCGAGAAGAGCACAACGGUUCCACAAAUUGUUUUCCCUUGCAUGCUGACAUCCAUUUUCAGCUGGAUAAGCAGCUUUCAAUCGUUGCCGGCAAAGCCGCGGUACAUGACAUUACAACAUGAUGAGAAAAGCAAAAUAUGAUUUACUGAAAUUAUUUUUCUCGUGUUCUCACAUUCACUAUACGAGCAACCCAAUAAAACCUUAUAGAAUGGAAGGCUCAGGGUGGAGGAGGAGGAGGAGGAGGAGGAAGAGGAAGAGGGAGAUUGUAGAAUACUGUAAUUUGAUGGCCGAUAACUCAAUAAUGUAAAUAGCGAUAAUUUGUGAUGUAGUACGAACACAUUUUUAUUCCAUUCAUCCAUAGUGUUUUUUUAUAAUUUCAAUUGCAAUUUUUUUAGUGGUUUCCUUUUUGUUCUUAACCAUUUUGCUGCUACAACUUUGUAGAGGGUGUUGAUUGUGGGAAGAAAAUUUAUAUCUUCAUAGGCUUUUGGGGUAACUAAGGCUGCGAAUUCAGUGUUUUUAGAUACAAUGUCUAUGUCUUAUCAUUCGAACAUAAUUUUGUCUUA